AUGGAUCGCUAUCCGUGUAUCAACAGAUACAAGUACACCGUCAACUGCGCAUCUUGGGUCUGGGUAUAUCGUACUCGUUGCGAAAACUGCGUUCUGUUAAACCUCUAA